UUUCCCUCUGAAGUUUGAAUGGUCAAUGAGAUAGUUUGUGUUAAUCGGUCUAAUCAGGUUAUCAUUUAGUUGACGUAGAUUAUCAGAUUAAAUAUUCUUUUCUUAGGAUACCACGGACCUAGUAAAAAUGCCUCAGGUAAAGUGUAAAAUAGGCCCUUCAAUUCUAAAUGCAGAUCUUGCUGAUCUUUCCAAAGAAUCCGAGAAAUUAUUGGAUUCAGGAGCGGAUUAUCUUCAUCUCGAUGUGAUGGAUGGGCAUUUCGUCCCUAAUAUUACAUUUGGCCAUCCUGUAGUUAAAUGUCUAAGAAGUAAGAUAAAAGAAGCAUUUUUUGAGACACACAUGAUGGUAUCGAAACCAGAUGAGUGGAUUGUACCAAUGGCUGAUGCUAGUGUGGAUCAGUAUACCUUUCAUGUGGAAGCUUCUGAAGAUGUAGCUAAGACAUCUAGGAAGAUAAGGGAAGCCGGAAUGAAGGUUGGCAUAGGUAUCAAACCUAAUACAGAGGUCACUGUCAUAGAUGAAUAUAUUGAGCUAGCUGACAUGGUUCUGAUAAUGACAGUUGAGCCUGGUUUCGGAGGCCAGAAGUUCAUGGAGAAGAUGUUAGGCAAAGUCAGGUACUUACGCGAGAACUAUCCUGGUCUUGACAUCGAAGUGGAUGGAGGUGUUGGACUAGGUACAAUUGAUGCCUGUGCCCAGGCUGGAGCCAACAUGAUAGUCUCUGGAUCAGCGGUAACCAGCUCCGAUGACCCGAGGAAAGUUAUCCAACAGCUGAGGGACUCGGUCAAUUCUGCUCUAGGAUCUUCCUGACCUUCAAGACCACCUCACUCACAAAUAUUAGCAUUCCUCUUCCUUUCUAUAUUUGUUUCAUCUUAUUUUCACUUAAUUAGUUCAAUAUUUCUUUUAAAAGUUUUUCUAAACAAUAGCUAAUGGUUAUUUGAAUUUAAAUUAUUACUUUUGAGGGGAUUUACUAAUACAAGAGUUAAUUUAGUUAUGGGUUUAACCCAACUUAACUUUGGGUUUUAAGAAAUGUAAACUUCAAUAGCUUGAAUAGUUGUGGACUCAUGGACAAAACUAUUCAAUGUAUUGAAGUUUACAUUCCUCAGCUAAAAUUAUCACAUUGAUAUAAAUUUUAUAUUUGUUAAUUUGAACUUAUAAAUGAUGUAUUAUUCUUCUUUAUAGUGAUAAUUUAUUUUUAGAGAGUAAGUCAAUGGUCACAAAAAAAAAAUCUUUAUUUUAUUGUUGAAUAAAAUUACCAUGAAAAACAAUUUUACCCUUUUGAUGCAUCAGACAACGUUUCAGAUUAAAUAUUGACCCCUAAGUCUUAGAUUCAUUCAUUAAAUAAAAAAAACUUUAUUACAGAAAAAGAAAUUUUUUUUUACAAUUAUUACCAUUUAAAAAAAGUAAUAAUUGUGAAAUUGCAUGUAUUUUCUAAUGUUUAUUUCAGGCCUUUUUAAAAUGUAAUUUCUUAUUUAUUGAUUGAAUGAAUGAAGUUAAAGACUUAUUAUGCAAUAAAUUUUUUUAGGCAGAAUUGAAGAUGGACAAAUUGAUCCAAAACUAUCUCUGAUAAAAUAAAAGAAGUUUUAAAAAGGUGAUAUUGUUUUUCAUGAAAAAAUAUUUAUAUGUAUACAUAAAAAGCACAUUUAACUCUCUUGUCACGUUAAGGAUAUUAGUAAUAGUGAUAAAGGAGUUCGUUCACACCAAAUGUACAAUAAAUCUUAAAUAAAAAACUAAAGAUAUAUGAAAAAUCAAAGUAGUGAUACUAAAAAUAAAUAAAUAAUUCAUAAUUUAAAUUAAAAAAAACAUAAGUAGCAGAGCUCUUUUGUUUGAUAACAAAUGAAAAAUGAUUUAUUAAUGCUAACCAGAUAUUAGAUAGAUAUAAUUUUAAAAUCCAUUGAAUUGCUGAAUUUUUAUCUGAUGUUUUAUUUUUUGAACGUUUUUUUUUUCAUUUUUUCUGUAUAUAAUUUAUAGGUUUUAUAAAACAGAUUUAAAAAAUGCAUCCCCAUAACUCCAUACGAAACAGUACAAAGUUUUAUUAUUUUGGGAAAAAAUAUGGCAAAAAUCAAUAUUUAUUAUUUUUUAUAUUUUGACCA